CCUGGUGAUAGCUCAGGCAACGUCUAAAGGAUACUCGCCGCAUAAAUAGAAUCAUGUCUCCCUUUACCCUUCUUUCUCUCGGUGCUUCACAUCUUCCAUCCCUUACUCCGUCGAGCUUGCAAGCCUAAUACCAUCAAUACACCUGAAACCACAUCAUGGCUUCAUCUGGACCACCCACCGGGGCCCAAUUGCGCCUUCCAUGCGGCCUCGUUCUCAAGAAUAGGCUCGUAAAAUCAGCUAUUUCCGAGAAAGUGGCGAUCGACAACUUGCCAGGGCCAAGCCAUCUCAGGAUGUAUCGGACAUGGGCAGAGGGCGGUUGGGCGGCUCUGAUCACUGGAAACAUAAGUGUUGACGAUGCAUAUCUCGGCACGGUCGGUGACGUCGCGCUUUCUAAGACCAACAUGGCUGUGACUUUGGAGAAGUGGUCUGCCUGGGCGCAGGCGGCUCAAGGACACAAUUGCCACAUGAUUGUCCAGUUGAGCCACCCUGGACGACAAUCACCCCUCGGAGCCGGGAAGAAAAGCUUCUUCGCCAAGAACAUCGCCCCAAGCGCCAUCCCGCUGAACUUGGGCGACAACCUUAUUGCUCGCUGUGCAUCUGCAGUAGUUUUUGGUACACCACGUGCCAUGACUCAAGACGACAUUGACAACGUUAUUGCUGGCUUUGUUUCUGCAGCAAAUAUCGCAUUUCGUGCAGGCUUUCAGGGCGUGGAAGUCCAUGCAGGGCAUGGGUUCCUUCUUUCACAAUUCCUAUCUUCAUCUUCAAAUAAGCGCCAGGAUCAAUUUGGAGGCUCGCCUGAAAAACGCGCUGAAAUUGUUCUACGAAUCAUCAGGGCAAUCCGUGAUCAAGUACCCGCUACGUUCUGCGUCGGAGUCAAGAUUAACACUGCAGCCGUCAGGGAUACUACAGAGUACAGCGAUAUGAUCCGCCAGAUAGAUCUGAUCAGGGGGGAGAAGAUUGACUACAUCAAUCUCAGUGGAGGCGACUUUGAGGACCCAAAGAUGUUUUUCGCAAGCCAGUCUAUCUCGCCGACGGAAACACCCGGGCGCGCCACUCAAGAUGCCUUCUUCCUACAGGCAAGUCGCGACAUCAGUUCCAAGUUUCCAGACUUGAUCCUGAUUCUCACUGGUGGCUUUCGUUCACAAGCAGCAAUCCACGCAGCGCUUGAGAGCGGAGCCUGCAGCGUGGUCGGUAUUGGGCGCCCAGCUAUCAAAUAUCCCGAUUUGCCCAACAAGGCGCUUUCAGAAAAGCCAACCCAGGUCAAGUUUGACAUAGAGACUGCGCCGUCGCCAGGUUGGAUUGGUACCAAGAUUCGAUCUGCCAGGGCUGGGGCGGAGGUGAAGUAUUGGGCUUCGGCGUUACAGCGACUGUGAGUGGUGAUAUCUGUUUGAGCGAAUUGAUGGUAAUUUUGAGACACGGGAGAUAUGGCCCGGCCGAUUGGAAUUUGCAAGACAUUCGCCAAGUCAGAGCAGCACAUAUUCAGGGUAGUGCUAUUCUCCUGCACCAUGUGCAAUUGACCAAGGGAUAACACCACACACUGGUUCCACGAUAGAUAUAAUUACAAUAGCGAAAUCGCAAUCUCUUUC